AUUCGAUUCAAUUUUUUUGCCCUUCUCACGAACGCUCUCGUUCGUCCCCACCUCCCUCGCCGCCGUGUUCCUCGCCCCGCCGCCGCCGCGGCGCCCUCCUUCUCGCCGCCGUCCCCGAGCUCGGCCGCCUCCCCCCGUAAAUCCACCCGCCUCCGUCAUCCCGAACCCCCGGAGCCGCCCGUCCCCGCCCUCCCCUCCGCCCGAGGGGCCGCGCCGGAGCUAGGGUUUUCGGUUUCUAGGGUUUUGGUCAUGGGCGCCUCGGCUUGACGAAGAAGGGGGGCGGCGGCGGCAGGAAGAGGGGGCGCGGAGAUGCUGACGGAGAAGCCCAGCUGGGUUCGCCAUGACGGCCUGCAGAUCUUCUCCAUCGACAUCCAGCCCAGCGGCCUCCGCUUCGCCACGGGAGGCGGCGACCAGAAGGUUCGCAUAUGGAACAUGAAAUCCGUGAGCAAAGACAACCAAAAUGAUGAUUCCAACCAAAGAUUGCUGGCUACAAUGCGUGAUCAUUUCGGAUCAGUAAACUGUGUGAGAUGGGCCAAGCAUGGACGCUAUCUUGCUUCAGGAUCAGACGAUCAAGCUAUCCUAAUUCAUGAAAGGAAAGCUGGUUCCGGUACAUCUGAGUUUGGAAGCGGAGAGCCUGCAGAUAUAGAAAAUUGGAAGGUCGUUAUGACCUUAAGGGGGCAUACUGCGGACGUGGUAGAUCUAAAUUGGUCCCCUGAUGACUCGACGUUGGCUAGCGGCAGCUUGGACAAUACUGUUCACAUUUGGAGCAUGACAAACGGUAUUUGCACUGCCGUCUUGCGGGGGCAUUCCAGCUUAGUUAAAGGAGUUACUUGGGAUCCUAUUGGAUCUUUUAUUGCAAGCCAGUCAGAUGACAAGACUGUUAUCAUAUGGCGUACGAGUGACUGGAGUCUUGCUCACAAGACUGAAGGCCAUUGGUCAAAAUCCCUUGGUUCGACAUUUUUUAGGCGGCUUGCUUGGUCGCCCUGUGGCCAUUUCAUAACCACAACUCAUGGUUUCCAGAAACCUAGGCACUCGGCCCCUGUGCUUGAACGGGGCGAGUGGACUGCAACUUUUGACUUUCUGGGACAUAAUGCGCCUGUGGUGGUGGUGAAGUUUAAUCACUCGAUGUUCCGUAAGAAUUUAGCUACUGGUCAAGACGCAAAGACGGCACCGGCUGGAUGGGCCAAUGGAGCAUCAAAAACAUCAGCAAAAGAAUAUCAACCAUAUAAUGUUAUUGCUAUUGGAAGUCAAGACCGGACUAUUACUGUUUGGACAACAGCAGGUGCCCGGCCAUUGUUUGUUGCUAAGCAUUUCUUCACUCAAAGCGUGGUUGAUUUAUCUUGGAGCCCUGAUGGUUAUUCACUUUUCGCGUGCUCUCUGGAUGGAUCAGUUGCGACCUUUCACUUUGAAGCAAAGGAGCUUGGAUACAGGCUAAGUGAUUCUGAACUGGAUGAAUUAAAGAGGAGUAGAUAUGGUGAUGUCAGAGGGAGGCAAUCAAAUCUAGCUGAAAGCCCUGCGCAGUUGCUGCUAGAAGAAGCAUCAGUGAAGCAAUUGGCUGCCAAGAAGGCGACACCUAUCGUCCAACAAUAUCAGGCACCCCCAAAAGUUCCUGCAGAUGUACCUAAACCACCUCCUGUUGUGGUUGUGGAGAGUCAGAAAGCUCCUGAAACUCUACCUGAAGGCGAAAAGAAAACAGCAGGUCAAGCGGCUGAUGACACGUCUAAAGUUACCCGGGUAUCUAGUCCAGUAAAACAAAGGGAAUACCGGCGUCCUGAUGGUCGGAAAAGAAUAAUUCCAGAGGCAGUGGGAUUUCCUUCUAACCAGGAAAACUUGUCCAACCGUCCUCAGAAUCAAGUUGUUGAUUUUUCAUCCCUAGAUCAGCGAAUGCGCCCUGGAGAGAAUGGAAUAAGAUCAUCCUACGGUACCGGUAACUGUAACAAUUGUGGAGUUAGGGAACGCUCUGGCAUCACAGCAAGAGCUAACAUUAGCGAGAGUCUUGUUAUUCAAAAAGCUUCAGCUGGUACUGGCAGGGAUGGAAGGUUGAGUGUUGAACACACUGGUUCUGUUGUUCCAGGCUUGCUGGCCUCCUCCUCUGAGCUCUCUAUUUUUGUAUUCAAUAAGAAGGACAAUGAUGAUUCUUUGCCAGUCUGCCUUGAAGCCAAGCCAGUAGAACGUUCUGCAGGUGAUAUGAUUGGACUGGGUGGUUCCUUUUCAACAAAAGAAACCGAGAUUAGAUGUACAAAAGGAACAGAAACUCUUUGGUCCGAUCGCAUCUCCGGAAAAGUUACUGUCUUGGCUGGUAAUGCAAACUUCUGGGCAGUUGGCUGUGAAGAUGGCUGCCUGCAGGUUUACACAAAAUGUGGGAUGCGAGCAAUGCCAGCAAUGAUGAUGGGCUCCUCAGCUGUUUUUAUAGAUUGUGAUGACUGCUGGAAACUAUUACUUGUAACAAGGAGAGGUUUAAUGUACAUAUGGGAUCUCAAUAACAGGACCUGCAUCUUGCAAGAUUCUUUGGCGUCUUUGGUUACCUCUCCAGAUGAGGCAUCAGCCAAAGAUUCUGGUAAAACAUUUACAUCCAGUCCUUCCUCAGUUCACCUUGCUGCAUCUCGAUUAGUGUCUGAUGCAUGUUGUUUCUUGAAGUUGAACUUUCUUUCUUGCGUGACAGGUGCAGUAAAGGUUAUAUCUGCUAAGUUCUCAAGAUGUGGUUCGCCCUUGGUUGUCCUUGCCACCCGGCACGCUUUCCUCUACGACAUGAGCAUGAAGUGCUGGCUAAGGAUUGCGGAUGAUUGUUUUCCAGCAUCAAAUUUUUCUAGCUCGUUUAGUUCUACUCAAGGUGGAGAGCUAGGAAAGUUGCAGAUUGAUAUAGGAAAGUUCAUGGCUAGAAAGCCUGUUUGGAGCAGGGUCACAGACGAUGGAGUGCAGACGCGGGCCCAUCUUGAGACCCAGCUAGCAGCUUCGUUGGCUUUGAAGUCUUCACAGGAAUAUCGCCAAUGCCUCCUAUCCUACAUUAGGUUUUUGGCAAGAGAGGCAGAUGAAUCUCGCCUACGUGAAGUCUGCGAGAGCUUUCUUGGCCCUCCCAUGGGCAUGGUUGGUGCUGUGUCUACCGAUGCGAAUAAUCCGUCAUGGGAUCCUGAUGUUCUUGGAAUGAAGAAACAUAAACUUCUCAGGGAAGACAUACUUCCUUCGAUGGCGACAAACCGCAAAGUCCAGCGGCUGCUCAACGAGUUCAUGGACCUGCUGUCGGAGUACGAAAGCGCCGCCGAGGAAAACGUCGACAAAAUGGACGUGACGCCUCCAGCAGCAGAUGCCAAGGUCGAUAAAAUGGACGUGACACCUCCAGCAGCAGAUGCCAAGGUCGAUAAAAUGGACGUCACACCUCCCGCGACAGAAGCCAAGGACGCCACCGCGUAGCAAACAAACCCUUCCGGUCCGGUUUGCUGGCGAUUUAUUGACCCCUUGGUAAGCAUAGAGAAAAAGUGCAUACACCAUAGUGUAUUUUGAGAACUUUCUCGUGGUUGUUUUAUUCUGCUUGUAGUUCCUAGUGUCCCCCGCCUGUUCGUCAAGGUGUGACCUCGGCGGAAUGACUUUAACCUGUUCGCUGUAACGCGGGUGUAACAACAGUAGAAAGAAAGCGAGGUCGCCUGAUAUGGUUCUGUAACAGUUUUAUCCGUAGAAGGUCUUGAGGAACUUUUUGGGUCCAUAGGCGCAAUGCCGUUUCUUAUUGCGAGCAGGAUGCACGGUGCAUCCGCUUCCUUUUCCGAA